UCCAACAGCUCCAAUCAUGCUAGAAAUAAACUGCAACCACGAAACAUCCUCCAGCAUGCUUUUCCAUCUCAUGAAAGCUAUCUGGGAGGAAGAAAAAGUCCCAUCAGACUGGAGAGAUGGCAACAUCAUAAAGAUUCCCAAGAAAGGAGACCUUAGGGAGUGUAAAAACUACAGGGGAAUUAUGCUCCUGUCAACACCAGGGAAGGUGCUCAACCACUUACUACUAGAAAGGAUGCGGAAAUUGGUCGAUGCACAACUGAGGGAAAACCAGGCUGGUUUCAGAAAGGGAAGAUCUUGUGCUGACCAAAUUGCCUCCCUCAGUAUUAUAAUAGAACAAUCCAUGGAAUGGAACUCACCGGUAUAUAUUAAUUUCAUAGACUUUGAAAAGGCGUUUGACAGUGUCGACCGUGAGACACUGUGGAAGCUGAUGGCAGACUAUGGCAUCCCACCGAAGAUCAUCAACAUCAUCAAGAGCACCUACCAAGGGAUGCAAUGUCGUGUCCUACAUGACGGAUGCCCAUCGGAGGCCUUCGAGGUCCUGACUGGGGUGCGGCAAGGAUGUCUGCUCUCGCCCUUCCUUUUCCUCCUCUGUAUUGACUGGACCAUGGACCAAACAACCAAAAACAGCGAAACCGGCAUGCCGGACUUUCCGAACAACUGGAGGACCUAGACUUUGCAGACGAUCUAGCUCUCCUGGCUCACACCUACCAACAUAUGCAAGACAAAACACAGAAACUAGAAAGAGCCGCUGCAUUUCUUGGGCUUAAGAUCAAUUCACAAAAAACAAAGGUCAUGCGUAUCAAUAACAAGAACAAUACACCAAUAACAAUGGACCAUAAUCAAUUAGAGGAGGUAAUCAGUUUUACAUACUUGGGGAGCAUAAUCAGUGUAGAUGGAGGGACAGAUAGAGAUGUCAAAUCCAGAAUAGGGAAAGCAAGAACAUCAUUCAACAUUCUAAACAAAAUCUGGAGAGCAAAAAAACAUUUCUCUCAAAACCAAACUGAAAAUCUUUAACUCAAAUGUCAAAUCCAUCCUGCUGUACGGAUCAGAAACAUGGAAAACCACCAAUAGCAUACUCACUAAACUACAGACGUUCAUAAACCGUUGCCUCCGUCGGGUCCUAGGAGUCUACCGGCCAGACACCAUCACCGAUGCCAACCUGUGGGAACUCACCAAACAAGAACCAGUGGAACUGCAAAUCAGCAGAAGGAAGUGGAGCUGGAUAGGCCACACACUCAGAAAACCCAAUAAAUCAAUCACCAAACAGGCACUAACAUGGAACUCACAGGGAAAAAGAAACAGAGGGAGACCAAGAACAACCUGGAGAAGAAGCACGGAACAGGAGAUGAGGGCUGAGGGACUGUCAUGGCAACAACUCGACCGAAGGGCACAACACCGGAAUGGAUGGAAGGCUUUCGUCGACGGCAUAUGUUCCUGAGGGAAUACUAAGGCCUAAGUAGGGUCAUGCAGUAAACACCCCAGUGAGACCAGUGCAGCGAAAGUCGCUCUGAAUCCCUUCUUCAAAACCAUCUGGGAUGUUGACUCUGUUCCGCGAUGCCGAAACGGAGCGACUUUCAGGCCUACGGACAAAACACGCACCCAUUGACUACUAUUACACAGAGAUGCAGUCCCAGGGCAGCACUUCCUCCCAGCCCUCCUUCGACUCCCUGAGCUCCAGCGACAGCCUCCUGCUCAGCGACUCCGACGACACAGACGUCUUCCUGACGGACAGCUGCUCCUCGGCCGUCCUCGACGGCGCGGGCGGAUCCUCGGCCCGGGCGUCGGAGAGCCCCGGGUCGCAGUGGGCGUGCGACGGCUUCACCGACAAAGACGAGGAAGAGGAGGCGGCGUACGGGACGGGGAACAAGGCGGCGCACAACGCUCGUCCUACGGGUCAGGUUCCCAAAUCCCAGCGUGAUCUCCUGUUUGCUCAGAAGUGUGCUGAGUUGCAAGGUUUUGUCAGACCUCUGCUGCAGCUGCUGAAUGGACUAAAGAAGGGGCGAUUCGACCGUGGUCUAAGUAGUUUCCAGCAGAGUGUCGCCAUGGAUCGAAUCCAGAGAAUCGUGGGUGUUUUACAGAGACCAAACAGCGGAGAGAAGUACCUCAAAACUCUGCUGCAGGUGGAGAUGAUGCUGAAGCUUUGGUUUCCUCAAAUCACAAGUCCGCCCGCGUCGGCCGCCUCCAGCAUGGCGUCCUCCCCCGCCCGCUCUCUCCAAGACGCGCCGGUCACCACGCCCGUCACCACGUUCGUCGCCACACCGGUCACCACGCCCGUCACCACGCCGCCGCACAAGCACAGGGAUCAGUCGCAUAUCCCAGUGAAGAAACGCAGACUCAGCUGGACGGGGACAGACUCUCCAACGACGUCUCCAGGGCUGCCCAAGUGCCCUCGCCUCAGUCCCGAAGAGAAGACGACGACCAAAAAGCAAGACGGGGGUGAAGAAGACGUCGGCCGCCGCCCUUCCCCCGCUCCGCCAUUACUGUCUUCACCAGACAUGAGUGGCAACGCAAAGAGGAACAAAAGCGAUGGCAAGUUCAAAGCGUGCCGGGGGUCGGAGCCGAGCCUCACGUGGAUGCACGUUGCCCCCAUCCUGUCCCCGCGCAAGACCUGUCCCUCACACGAGGGCACGGUGACAGCUCGUAGCGAUGACCAGCCGGUCCCGGCCGGCAGCAGGGGCGGCCCGGCCACGCAGGACAGCGCCGUCUCCUCCACCACGCCCUCCAAGCACACCAAGAGUCUCAAGAAAGUCGCCCGGUGCCAAAGCCAGCCUGCCGAGCCCCCCAGCGAGACACAGACUUGUCCGGGUCGAAGCCCGUCCAGCCACGCCGCGGUCAAGCCUCUGACCCGGGCGUGCCACCCCGCGCACUCGGACACCUGAGGACACGCAGCUCCGUUUCGGCGCACUUCCUGUGAGCAAAGACGGGAUGAGACCAGAGGCGCUGAAGAAAAAGUGGAUAAUCACAAUUCUGUAAAAAAAAACAAAAAAACGCAGCAAGCAAACUCUUGUAGCUCAAUUGUCGAAGCAAUCAGCACACACCACUUCCUGUCUGGAGAGGAAGUAACUGAGCAUGAUGACGAUGGAGCAAGACGGGACAAAAAAAGAAGUGAACGUUCGUGUACAGUAGGUGUCAGGUGGGAAGAAAAAAUGAUGUCAUCAACUGACGAAUGUAAUCCAAGAAGAGUUGGGGUGGCGGUGAGGAAUCCUAAAGACCCCCACAGUUAAUUUAUUCCUACGUCGAUCCGACACUGCAUUUAUUUAUUCUUUGUAUUUAUUUAUCAGGCAGCUGAGUAUCGCCCGCUGUGCGCAAAACACAAACAGCGAGGCCAUCAACCUCUUUUUUGUUUUGUUUUUUUGAAUGAUUCAUAUUAUUAUCCACAUUGUUGACAAGUUUUAUUCCUAUCAUUCUUGGGACAAAAAAUGUAAAGGAAAUGUCUUCACUGAACUGUUGGACUACUGUGCCUUUUUACCAAAUAGGAUGUGUUGUUUUUUGGGUUUUUUUUAAGAAACAAUUGGUGCUUUCAGUGCAUUCUUGCUGCAUUCUGAUUGUUUGCUCGCAUUGGACAUUUGUACCUAGCAUCGCGUUAGCAUCAUUCUGCUAGCCUUUUUUUUUGUUUUUUUUUUGUUUCUUUUAAAAUUUCUCCUCUCAGUUUCCGACCCGAAUCCAGGGACGGCAACGAGGAGCUGCACUCAAGGCUGGUGCGCUGAGAAAACUUGAAACGCCAACAAUUCGGGUGAGGGGAAAUGUUGACUUGCACCACCACCCUCUCGCUGCUGCUAUUCUGCAUUCGUAACGCCGGCCUAAAUGACAGGAGGUUCAUUUUUGACGUUUGAAAGUGUAGUGCGGGCAACAAGACGGCAAAUAACGACAACUUGAUGCAAAACGUGUUGUAAAUAAUUUUUGACAAAACUCUUUUUCAAUCGGUAUGAGUGCUUCUUCAUACACGGGGUAAAAAGCCUCCAUGCGACCACUUUUUUCAUGUAUUUUUUUCUUCAAUAAUUUUUUAUUAUAUUAUGUCGAUUUUAAAAAGUGUUAUUUUAUUUUACUCUUAUUUAAUUUUAGUUAAGCCUUUCAUGACUCCGGAGUCAAACCCGUGUCCAAACAAGGCGAUUGGAUGCAGAAUAUGCUGACUCGUCAAUAGAGUGUGUACGUGUGUGUGUGUGUGAGGGUGGGAGUGUGGUGGGGUCCGCUUCCACCACGCCCAUGUUUUUUUACGGCCAAGGUGUGACCGAUUGCACAUACUUUUUGUUGUUUUCCAUGUACGUUUUCUACUUUAUGGACUGUGGUUGGAAGGAUUUGGGAAUUUUGCUGUAGCCUUCCUCUUCUUCUACUGUUCAACUGCACCCCUCCCCCACCACUCUUCCACUGGUCUUUGACCCUCCCCCUUUCAGCUCCUUCAAUCUUCUUAGUUUUCUUACACUAAACUCUUCACUUGUUACUCUUCUGGCUACUUUUUUCAGUAACCAUAGAAACGAAGAAAGGUUUUUUUAAAAAGUAAUAAACAAGUUUUU